UCCUAGUUAUUAAAUUUAAAACUAGGGAUUCCAAAUCAGAUUAAUCAACAUCUCCUGAUUAUUCCACCAACAAUUUUGUUUCUUUCUAAACAAGUAUCUGACCCGGGAGGACCCGACCCGGCCCAUCGUAGAUAAAUAAAUUAUAAACAGAUUAAAAAGAAAUCUGUUAAAAGGCAAAUUCGAGAAGAAAGCCGAAAGAGAAAGCGAAUGCUCUUUCCUCACCACUAACCAGAGAAACUCGUAGUGAUAGAGAAGAGAGGGAAUGGGUUUGAUAUCAUCAACGAAAGAGACUAAGAACAGUGGAAGAGGAAUGGGUUUCCUCUUCGUCUUCUUCCCUGACCACAACAACGACGACUCUCCUUCUUCUUCUUCUUCUCCGGCAACGACUCUCUUCCGCACCAGAUCUUCCCGUCUCCUCCUCUCCAAAGCCCAAUCCACAAUCUCCAUCUGCAUCCUCCUCCUUCUCCUCACCCUCUUCCUCUUCACUCUCUCCACCUUCGAACCUUCCUCCGGCUUCCCCGCCGUUUCUCCCCGUCGAUUUCUCCUCACUCGCGACGUCGCCGGAGCUCGCCGUCGUUCCAACCGCUUCGCUCUCCAGGGGAUGGGUACUCUGUUCCUGAGAGGAACCAAGAGCAUGCACGAUCUGAUCGUCGCUCACAUCGCUUCCGAUACGACGGAGCAAGAUCUCCGCCUCUUCAUGAGGUUGCUUCACCGUUCCGGAGUCACUUCCCGAUCCGACGUCGUUUUGCUCUUCAAUUCUCAUAGAUUCAAUGCAUUGAUCGAAGAAGAGAACAGCUCGUUCUCGAAACUCGUUAAUCUGUACCGGAACUCGAAUCAAACCGAAACCGACUCGGUUUGGGGAUUUAAUCUAACCCGGUUUACGAAGAACCAAUCGAAGAAGGACACGUCUGAGCCUAUCUGGGGGAAGAAAACACACCGAGCUAAUAACGAAACCGAGUCAGACGAGUUGACUCACGGUUCGAUCGUGGGCUUCGACGUGGCCGAGCUGGACCCGGAGAACUCGCUGUCUGGGUUCAUGGACCACGUCCCGAUAGCCUUAAGGAGAUGGGCCUGUUACCCAAUGCUCCUCGGACGAGUCAGGCGCAACUUCAAGCGCGUGAUGCUCGUUGACGCGAAGACCUCAUUAAUCCUCGGCGACCCGUUGACCCGGAUUCGUAACCGGAGCCCCGAAUCAAUCCUCUUCUUCUCUAAACACAGUAACAAGAUCAACCCGGCGGUUAUCAUCGGUGGAGCGAAAGGGAUCAGGCGGUUAUCGAGCGCCAUGCACACUGAGAUCGCGAGAGCGACUAUUCAGCAGCAGCAGCAUAAGAAAAGGAGCUUGGUGUCGGAAUCGGGAGUCCUGAGUCAACUCGUUGGGAAUGUUCAUAUGACGAAAGGAUUUGAAGUGGUUGGUCCGAGUGAGGUGAUUGCGGAAGCGAGUUCGCUCGCUGAGUUGAGGACGAGAAACUCAACGGUGGCUUCGUCGUCGAUAAAGAGUCGUGAUAUAAUUCAACGCGGUAAUAGUAAUCAUUUUGACAUUACGGCGACUAUUAUGAAACGUAUUUGUUCGUCUGUGUUAGAUUCUUCUGUUUAUAGUUACUGUUAGUUAGCAUUAUUAUAUUUUGGGAAUUUUUAAAAGAGUAAACCUAAAACAAAAAUAGAGAGAUUUUUCGUUUAUAGAUUUUUGUACACAUUUGAUAUUUGUUAUCUUCUUAUAUUUUAUUUUUUUCGGAUGUUUA